AGUAUCUACUUGUGGUAUCUGCUGUGGGUAUCUGUGACACAAUAAAAAAUACUUCGCUUGACUUGACUUCACAAAAAGCGUGAGUAGGUGAGAAAUAGAAAAUAUGAUGAUUUUCGAAUGUGACAGAUUUAAAGGUGUAAUAAUUGUAUUUUUUAUUUAUCUCGUUCAAAUUUCGAACUUUUGCAAAGCCAAUCAUAUUUCUAAGAAUAUUUUAUUUAUCAUAAUUGAUGACCUGCGGCUCUUAACCAUUUCCGAAGUUUAUUUACCGAACAUUCAUAAAUUGGCGGGAAACGGAGUAAUUUUUCAAAAUGCAUUUGCUCAACAGGCGCUAUGCGCUCCAAGCAGAAAUUCAAUAUUGACCGGACGGAGACCCGAUUCAUUGCGCUUGUAUGAUUUUUACAGUUACUGGCGUGAUAGCGUUGCGAAUUUCUCAACGCUUCCACAAGUAUUUAAGGAAUCUGGAUAUGAUACGUAUUCCUUUGGUAAAAUCUUUCACCCAGGAAAGAGUUCUAAUUUUUCUGAUGAUUACCCUUAUAGCUGGUCUGUUCUUCCAUAUCAUGCUCCCAGUGAGAUUUACAAAGAUUCAAAAGUUUGCAACGAUAAUAAGACUGGAAAAUUGCAAAGGAAUCUUAUUUGCCCUAUAAAUGUUACAACGCAACCAGGAAAAACAUUACCGGAUCUAGAAAUUUUAAAUAAUGCUAUUAAUCUCUUUAAAGAAAGGAAUGCAACAAAGCCCAUUUUUGUAGCCGUUGGAUUUCACAAACCACAUAUACCAUUGAGGUUUCCUUCACAGUAUUUAGAAGAUGUUCCAAUAGAAAAUGUAAGACCGCCGUCUUACCCAUGGAAACCACAAGCUCUUCCAACAGUGUCUUGGCAUCCUUGGCUAGACGUCCGUCGAAGGGACGACAUAAAACGGCUUAAUAUAUCCUUUCCUUAUGGAAUCAUGCCCUUUGAGUGGACCUUGAGGAUCAAACAGAGCUACUAUGCCGCAUCUUCUUAUGUAGAUGAUUUGAUUGGAAACUUAUUGGCUAAUGUCGAUAUGAGGAAAACUAUCGUUGUAUUAACGAGCGAUCACGGUUGGUCCUUGGGAGAAAAUGGACUAUGGGCAAAAUACAGCAAUUUCGAUGUCGCGUUAAAAGUACCUCUUAUAUUCCAUGUACCCGGCUUAAAUCCAAAACAUGUAGACAGCCCUGUGGAAUUAAUAGACAUAUUUCCAACUUUGAUAGAAUUGGCUGGUUUAAAAACUAGCAUACCAAAGUGUGAAAAUAGUAAAAAAACACAAUGUUUCGAAGGCAAAAGUUUAAUGCCGUAUAUGCGUGCUAAAGUAGACGGAGAUAUGAAACGAACAGCCUUUGCUUUGAGUCAAUAUCCUCGCCCAUCAGUACAACCUCAAAUAAAUUCUGACAAACCGCGACUAAAAGAUAUAAAAAUAAUGGGGUAUAGUAUACGAACAAAAAGAUACAGAUACACAGAAUGGAUAGCGUUUAAUAGUAUUUUAUUUACAAAAGAUUGGAAUACAACACUGGGUAUAGAACUGUAUGAUCAUGUCCUGGAUCCUGAGGAAUCUAAUAACAUUCACAUGAAACAUAAAUAUAAAGAUAUAAAAUCUAAGCUAUCGAAAUUGCUUAGGGUACAAAACAAUAGGUAAACUUACAUAAAUAUAGGAAUAAAUUCAAGUAACAUUUUUAAAUGCUUGACUUAUACUAAAAAUACUCAUUAUUGUAUGUAAGUAGGUAUAAUAUCUUAAAUAUUUACAAUAAAAUUUAAAUAUCGUAGUAUAUUAUAGUCAAUAAUUUACAUAGCUAAUGGGCAAUGGCAGGAAGUAAAUAAUUUUUUAGUAUAAUGCACUAGUUUAACUAUAUUAAAGUCUUCACCCAAAAAUUAAUAUUAUUUCAAAACUCGGAAUGUCGCAUCCGUUAUGCCCAAUUAUAUACGGAAAAAAGAAGCUGAUGCUGUGUCUACACACUCAUCUCUGCAACUGAUUCUUUACGAUAUGUUUGGAGUCUACUGUUACUGUCUGACAGGUCUGUACUGUCUACUCGCUAAUUUGAAAACUCUGCCCAAUAGGAGGCAGAGUGCGCUUCGGACACUUUUUGAGUGUAAUUGUGAGUCUAGUUGAUUCUUGUACGUCAAUUACGAUAGCAGAAGUUUUAUUAGAAAUUAUCACAUUUAUUCUGGAUGUAUUUAAAGAACAUUCAGGAAGCCCUCAAAAAAUUUUGCAUAUUUCUGACGUAGAAGCUUUAGAUUGUGUUUCAAAUUAGGAUACUAUAGCUACGCCCGGCCGGUCUUUCAAUUGAGAAUUGAUUUGAUUAAGGUUUGAGAAAGCCUAUGUCACAUACAAAUACAAGAAAAUGUUUAAGCAGCAUUUAAGUAUGGUUGCAGACAUUCUUUACAUUCAGAAACUGGCUAUAUAUGUAUAAGCUCAUGAGAGUAACUUCCUUGUAUUCUACAUUGUAUACUCUUUGGUGUAAAAAUACAUACAGAUUACAGUAAUUGUAAUAAAAUGUGGACAAUAAGAAAGCAUGUCGAGUGGAAAUAUAGGUAAUAUUUUUCACUCUAUGUACUGGACAUGUUUGAAGCAUUCCAAUAACAGUAUUUCAUAAAAAUUCCUUAUCACUUAAAUCUGUCAAUUAAUAAUGCAAUGUUGCAAUAACAUUAAUACUAUCUCCUGAUAUGUUUCUAACUACAUUUACACAUAUACAAUACUAAAUUUGUGCUACAUAUCCAAAAUACACAACAUUCUAAACAGUCUUGUUUACACUAAACUUCUUUUUUCUUCGGGAAUAAUUUUUCUGGAGUUUUCUUCCAUUUCAACUUGUUUAAACCUUGCAUAUAAUGCAGUACUGGCCAAUACAAUUAAAUUUGACGCCCACCAGAGAGAAUUCUUUGUCUCAUUGUACCAUUGAGUUGCCAUAACUGUUUGAGCACAAGCCUUUGCUGUGCCUGAGAUGUUAUGUGUUAAUGGUGAUGUUACCUGUAAAAAUAAUUAUUUAGUAAGUAAUUAUUUAAAUUAAAUCUUGUUAAAUUCAAUCAAUAUUUAACCCACUUAAUUUUUGACUGCCUUGCCAUUUGUGCAGUGGUCAAUGCGUAAAGAAAUGUUUCGGUCUGACAGGACACAAAAGGCUGAUUGCCUUCUUGUCCCUACUUUUAUGUAUAUACAUAUUUAUAUUUGUCCAAAACUAAAAAUUUACCUUAAUUUGUAGAGAUGUGAAAUAUCCUAUUGCAAAUCCACAAAAGCCACCAAUGACCAUUUGCAUCCAAAAAUAGGAACUAUGGUAAUUAGGAUAAUUCCAAAGCACACUUAACUCCCCAUUUAAGACCAUUAAGGGGCAGAACAAUAUAAUAGAGUAGGCAUUAUUAUAAUAUGACAGCAGCCAUAUUUCUUGAUUAACACUUGGUAACACUGACUUUGUAAAUAUGGAAUAGAGGGAAAGCAUUAAGGAGCCCACCACUCCAUAAAUUGUCCCGAUUAAUGAGAAUGAUCCUGUAACAAAUAUUAUAAUUUCAAAUACACACAACAUUAUUCAUGUGCUUAGUAAAGAAACAACAAUAAACAAGGAUAAGAGCAUGAAUGCACAGUUUUUUAAAUACUAGCUUUCCGCCAGCGGCCUCGCCCACUUUGUCUAAAACCUAAUAAAUUAUAUACUACCUUCCUCUUGAAUCACUAUCUAUUAAAAAAAACCGCAUCAAAAUCCGUUGCGUAGUUUUCAAGAUUUAAGCAUACAAAGGGACAGAGAAGCGACUUUGUUUUAUACUAUGUAGUGAUAAUCUAUACCUAAUAGCUCCUCCUGAUCAACUCCAAUAUAAAAUCCAAAGACAAUAAAUGUACAACACAUUAUACACCUUAAAGAUGUUUUUUGUCUUAACAACACCCAGCUGAAUAUAACAUUAAAUACUGUAGUCAAAGAUCUUCCAAUAUAGUAGAAAGAAACACCAACAUAUUUUAAACAUAGAUUGUUGGUUGCUAUCAUCAGUGUGAACAUUAUUGAUAAUGGUAUAACCUGGAAAAAUAUAAAAAGCAUCAAAUUGUAAACUGUAUUAGUUUGAUGAAUAAUCUGUUUAUUUCAUUCUAAAAGGAAGAAAGAUUUGUGGCAAAAGCAUUUAAUUAAAUCCUUACUUUCCAAA